AUGUCGAAGAAAAGUUCGACGACCAAGUCUAAGACCGUACGUAGCAAGAAGGAAGAAAAGACAGUUCCAUUACCAGCGGCUCCGGAGAGGGAAGGCACCGUGCUCUCAACUAUUGUGCCACGUGGCAAACAAACUCGGCCAUAUACAUGCGGCGUAAUCUCGCUAUAUAAUGUUCCCAAGUACUUGGAAAAUUCAGACUUGAAGAAGUGGGCGAGUCAGUUUGGCCACGUGACCCGCGCUGCCAUGUGGAAGAAUAAAAAGACCGGGGGUAACCGAAAUGGAGCAUUUAUAGAAUUUGAAGACGCCCGAGUUGCUGACAUCGUCGCAAAAGAGAUGACUGGUACCAUCAUGAUGCAUAAGGCCCUCCAAAUUCGAGUUAUAGAGGACAUGAAUUGGCAAAAAGCCAGGAGCAUGUUCGCGUUUGCAGAUAAGCAAUAUUCGCCUAAAUCCCCUAUUGAAACCGCGAAUGCAACUAUCCGGAAGAUGUGGUCCGUAACGGCUGUUAAGGGCAUGACAGUAAGUGACGCUGAACGCAGAGCCUCAUGCGCCGGCAAAAAGUUAUUGCAAGCCUCAGGUAUCAAGUGCGAAUGGACUCCUCUUCCGUCCAUCGAGAAGGCAUUGGUUAAGACAUCUUAA